AUGGUGUCGGCAUUCGACGUUGAACUGCCGUUUCCCGUGCGGGAUGGCAGACGACGUCGGCUUAGCAUCAACGAGGUGGCUACGUACAGAGACAUCGCUCUGACCCGCGGGCACGCCGGCAAGGCGCUCGGAAAGGCCAAGAGGGCCCUGAAGAUGGGGACCGUGGAGGCGGCAAGGCUUGUAGACAUCAUGCGGCAGGUUGACGUGUCGGCUGCAGGGUCGCUGGGACGGUUCGAUUUCUCGCUCGCCCUGGACCGAGCCGGGGUGGAGUUGCCAGCAGAAGACAAGGACGCCCUAUUUCGGUCGCUGUCUUCGGCGAGGACGGCGGGGACCGGAUGCGACAUCGAGAUGUUCGCCUAUCUAGUCAACUUCUGGGCCGGCCGAAGCGAGGGAGAAGCCACGACGCCUGUCGCCAUGGCCGCGGGAAGGCGCGAGCGCGAGCAGGCCAGCCACCACAUCUUCCCAGACAACCGUCAGCGGCGACCCGCCUCCCCCGCCCCCGCCGUUGGAGACCGGCGCGAAGAAGAAGCUUUCCCAGACAUGAGGCGCGGCGGGAGCCUCCAUGGCGGUGGGGACCAAUCGGCAGCGGCGGCGGCGGCUGGGUUUCGGGAUCAUGCCGCUGGCGAAGGGGACAGCGGCAGCCCACCGGUGCCCUCGGGCCACCGGAGUUGUUGGGCCGACAACUUUGGCGUCGACAACGCUGCUGCUGGCAUCAGGGCCAGUGAAUCUCCGACGCUGAGGGGUGUCGGCGGCGUGGGAGCGGGAAACAACGCCGCUGCUACCGCCGCAGGCAAGCGGAACUCCUUCUCCGUCAACAUGGGCGACAUAAUGAGCCACGUCGCCGUCAAAGACGGCCGCUCCUACCGCGGCGGCGGCGGCGGCGGCGGCCCUAGCGGAUCGAUCGGCGGCGAGGACCCCGGCCUCGAGUUUUCCCACGACAGCAGUCGCCAGAAGCACGAGGGUCUUGUCGCCGCCGACAGGCUUCCGCCGCCGCCGCCGGCGAGCGCGAGGGGGUCAGGGGGCUCUGAGAUGGCGGGGGUGGACGGUGGCUGUGGCGUCGAAGACCGCCUCCCCGACCAGGCGUACCUGCACUCCCUCGGCUAUGGGAACCUCGGGUCCGUGCUGCCGAUUCUUCUCGAUCGACGGUCGGCCUUGGAAACGUGUCUGGACAGGCUGGACCAAGGCGGGUCUGGGCGAGUGAGACCGGGAGAUUUCAUGGCGGCCGUUCGCCAGGUGGGGAUCGCUCUGUCGGCUGUCCAAGAGUCCAACAUGAUGGACCUGUUGCACAGGAUGGGCGCCGUAACGACGCCGCAGCCCAACCAGGACGGAUGCCAGUGGGUGGAAGCGGCAGCGGCUGUGGCAGCCAUUUCCCUCGCCGGCGAGAGGGCGGGAGGGCGCCGCUUCCUAGACAAGCCUCGCUCUCCCGUCAAGGACGGCGCGCGCCUCCUCGACGCCCUGUCCGAGCGCUACGCGGACGUGCAUGUCUCCCUGCUGCCUUCUUCGAUUCUGCUGGGUCCCGGGGCCCUCGAGGAGCGACGGGCCGCUCCGGACGAUGGUGCGGGGGGCGUUUUUGUAACGGCCGGGUCGCUGAGGAACGCCCUGAGGAAGGCCGGGGUCCUUCUCGGCGACGCCGACGAGCGAAUGCUGUGGCGACUGCUGCUGCGUCGGGGGCAGGAGACACUAGGGCGUAGCUGCGGCGUCAUGGCGGACGGAUCAGACCCGGAUCGGACGGAGCAUGAGGAGGAGGAAGCGAACGGGGCUGCGGCUGGGCUGUUGGCACAGGGCAUGAUCCCCCUGCCGCUACUGGACGCUGUGAUGGGUUUCGACGCGGAGCAGGCGUUGCAUGCCCGGCGGCAGCUGCAGCGCCUGGCAGAGCAUCCGCCGUCUUCGGUCCCCGCCGCCUACCGCGACCACCUGGGACCGUGGGCUUCGGCGGCGACUGGAACUCCGGGAGAGCAGGGUCAGAGGGGGGGGCAGGACAGCGACGACGCCCCGUUGUUGCUGCAGAAGGCUCGGAUUCGGGUGAAAGCCCUGGGCGACACGAUGGCCGAACGCGAGAAGGCUGUCGUGAGAUGCCUGCCAAAGCUCGGCCCCAAUGGAGAGAGGCAGCGCCUGCCGCGCGUCGACCUGACGCGCCUGCUGCAGAAGCUGCGUGUGGGCGUGAGGUCUGGCGAGCUACAGAACCUCUGGUACCACAUGGACAGGAACAAGGUCACGCGGCAGGGGUUCCGCCGCAUCCUCCUGGAGUCGACCGACAGCCUCCCCGUCACCUUCCCGGCCUCCCCCUGCCCCUACCCCGCGGCCUGGCCAAUCGGCGGGGCCCCCUCCUCCUCCGACGCGCCUUCUUACGCCUCCGGGGAUAAAACUCCCGAGGGAGGCGUUUCCGUGUCGGGGGCGAAGCUCCAGCGGGUGUUGAACCGCGCCGCGUACGAGGCUAACGUUCGCCACGGCGUCGCCGGGAGCGCAAUGACUCGUGCUCUGCGGGAGGUCGAAGGAGACGAAAGGGGCCGAGAUGAUGACUCCGCCGCCGCUGGUUCGGCAUCGUCGUCGCCUGCUCUUGCUGCCGACAAAGGCAGUGCUGGUGGUGGUGGUGGUGCUGAUGUUGAUGCCGAAGACGAAGACGACGGUGGCAUGCCCGUGCUCCUCCAACGGGCCGUGAGGAGGGUCAAGGAGUUGGACAACGGCGAGGAAGUAGUGGCCGCUCUCGUACCCGACAUGGGCCGCGUUAGGGAGGGCAUGCGCAUCACCAGGGGCGGCAUCCAGCGCGUCCUUCACGGCCUUGGCGUUAUUCCACACUCGGGAGAACUGCAGCAGCUAUGGUGGUGUCUCGAGAGGGGUGGUGUGGGUGACCCCAGGAUUUCGGUGGAAGCUUUCCGCGACUUGCUCCAGGGUCGUACAAGCAAGCUUGUUCUCCUGCAUGACUGGAACGCGCUCGGCGACGGUCUUGCCGAAGACAGCUUUUGCGACAGCAACAGACAACGGGCGCUGGGUGGUAGUGGUAACGUGGGUGGUGUGGGCUGCGACAACAGCAGUCCGGUGUCGAAGGCCCUUCGGGAGGUGAGGACCUCCCUCGGGCUUGUGCGUCGGAGGGUGAGAGGAAUCGUCCGCGGUUGCGAGGACAGGGACCUCUCGGCUACAGGUUUCGUGACGGAGGAUGCGUUCAUGGCGGUGCUCAAGGAGCAGGGGAUCCUGCAGCAGCUCGGCGACUUCGGAUUGUCAUCCCUCCGCGGGGCGGUCUUGAUCGGCGACGGCUCCCCCAACACCCUAGCGGACGGCACAGCGCGCGUCCGGUACACCGGCCUGGUCGGGGCCAUCGACACCUACCUCGAGGCCGCAACGGCGUGGGACAAGUCGGAGGCCGCGGCGAGACUCGGGGUCUCUGAGAGUGGUACCGACCGCAACGGGGUGCGUGUGGCCGGCGAAGACGCAGAGGCGGGGUCUCACGCAGAUGACGAGGGAGGGAGGCGUACCCCAGGGGAUAGAAACUUGGCGUCCCCAGGGGACAGGUCGUUCGCGUCCCCUAUGCAACCGCCUUUCCGUCCGGGGAAGAAACCCAUCGUGGUCGGGGCGGGGUCUGCUAACACGGUCGCCCGCGCGGCACGCGGAUGGGACAACGAUGCCCCCGUCGUCCCUCCCGGCGUGCGGCAGUACCCCCGCAAGAAAUGCGCCAUGGCGGCCCUCGUGGGGAACGGGGGAUUUGGCGACGGCCAACGGGGAGGCGUGAGAGAGCGGGAGCACAGAAAUCACUACUCCCCGUCCUCGGCGAUGAAAGACGCCUUCGGUUUGCGGGGGGCUACGCCGUCCGGUGGGGGGGCGGGAGCGGGCUCAGAGGAGUCCGCUCUCGCCACCCCAAGCCCCCGACACCCGGGGUCCGCAAGCCGCAACAAGAACAGCGGAAACCCCUCGGAGGAGGAGGAGGAGGAGGAGGGCCGCAGCGGGGCGAUCUACGACAUCUACGACGGCUCGGCGGGCCGGCCUCGGAAUGGCGGGAGUAGUCGCGUCGAUUUCAGGCCAGCCGGUGGGAACCCCGGGCUCGAAAGAGCCGACUGGUCGGGCGGGCGGCGGGGGUCUGCCUGCAAGAUCAAGGGCAUGUCCGGGGUCGGGGUGAGCCGCUCCAUCCGGAGGAGGGCAGCGAAGGCUCUCCUUAGCGACAGGGCGCUGCUUGCCGGGGUGUUCCGGCAGCUGUCAGGCGCGGCGAGUGGACACCAGGCACGGGAUGGUCUGGACAGGGCGAGACUCGUCAAGCUGUUCCGCUACGCGAGGAUGCCCCUGGACCUCUCUCAACAGGAGGCUGAGGAGCUUGCGGACGCAGUGCUACGAUACUGCGGAGCCCCUACGGCAAGGUUCGCCUCUCUCACGACCUUUCUCGCCCAGACUGCCAUCAGCGACGGCGGUGGCGGCGACGGCGGCAGCAGCUUCGAUGCCCACGCCAACAACCACCACAAGCAUGGCCUGCCGAUCUCCGAGGGUCGCAAGGAGGUCGGCACCGACGAGGAAGAAGAGGUUUUAUCUCCCAUCGUCAGGCGGACCAGAGACGACCCAAUCGCGCAGUCUAUCAGGAGUAACGUGAUGCAGGGGCGCUCGGAGCUCCGCCUGGCGGGGGGCGACGCGGACAGCAGACUUUCUUGCGCGGUGCACCUGAGGCGGGCCUUCCGGACACGCAGGAGAAACCUAGGGGGUGAUCCCGGUGGUGUUGAUGACUGCAGCGUGGCGGCGUCCGACCUUAACGGUGUCCUGCAAGACAUGGGCGUCAUCCUCAACCCCACGCAGGCCGCUUUCCUAAUUCAGAAAUGCCGGUCCCCGACAACACCCGGCCGGCGGCCUCCCGCAGGGGGCAUGGACGAAGCCCCGGUCAGGGCCGGCGACGUUCUGGCGUUCUUCAGGGACCUUCUCUCUGACGACUGUUGA